AUGAUGAACCUCUCUUUACUUGCUCUGUUGGGCCUUCCGGCUGCCAUUCGUUCUACCGUUGCUGCAAAAGCUCUUCCUGAUGAGCAUGUUGUUCGAUACGGCAUGCAGCGGCGACACGUCCCGCAUACAGUCUUUCCUACCCCUUCACAUCGCAAACGUGAUGCUACUCUGCAUGCCGAUCUGAAUCUCAAUGAUCAAUGGAUCUUCUCUGGCGGCUAUUUUCUGGAUAUUGAUGUUGGCACGCCGCCUCAACGGUUGCAGGUCCUUCUUGACACUGGCAGCAGCGGUCUCUUCAUACCGAGUGCUGAAUCGGCGAGAUGUCUGGAUCGGAGCUGUCCUGGUGGAAGCUUCCUGAAGAACGACUCUUCGACAAUCAAGCAUUUCAGAACGCCUGCAAAUUUUCACACCGCCUACAUUGAUGGCUCGACGGCCAAUGGCUCCUACGUCCAAGACACUAUUCGGAUAGGACCAGCAACUGUUCACGGCCACACGUUCGCUGUUGCCGACCAUCUCAACGUAUCUCCUGGGUUCGAAGGUGGCUCAGGACCGCAGUAUGGCAUCUUGGGCCUAAGUUUCGCUGGCCAGGAAGCCUCGGUCUGCGCAUCUGGUCCUCGGAAUUGCGAUGUCAACUUCACUACACCCACUAUCUUGGAUUCCCUAUUUGAUGCUGGCCACAUCAAGUCACGAUCCUACAGUCUUUACCUUGACGAUGUGUCGUCUCAAACGGGCAGCAUACUGUUUGGAGGCAUUGACUCCGCUAAAUUCUCUGGAGACCUUGUCACACUUCCAGUCCAAAAGGAUCUGUCUCCUACCAGCUGGACUCACGGGAUGUACAUCAGCCAGGAUCUGCUCUUGACAUCUGUUUCGGCCACGCGGAAAGGCAAGACUUCUAAGCUUACACCGAAGAAGUACGCCAGCACAGUCUUGAUCGACUCUGGCGCCGCAGCGCUCAGCCUACCUCCUUCCAUCUACGACGAGGUCAUGAGCGCACUUCCGAGUGCGUCGCAGCAUGGAGAGACAAGCGCAGUGUUUUGCAAAGACGCCGACAUGGAUGCCUCUCUCACACUCGGCCUAACAGGAGCAGACGGCAAAUCAACGGCGCACAUCCAAAUCCCGUACUCCAACCUCAUCGUGCCGGUGUAUCAAGGUGCCUAUGAAGACUCAAAGCCUUAUAUGCAGGACGGGGAGCCCCUGUGCGUCUUUGCUCUCGCGAAGGGUGCAGAGGACGGGAAUGUUCUGGGAGACCCGCUGCUGAGGUCGGCGUAUGCGGUAUUCAGUCUGGACGAGAAGACCAUCUCGCUCGCUCAAGCCAGGUAUGGUGACCAUGGCUCGAAUGUGAAAGCCAUUGCUCCUGGUCCGAUGCCAUCACUGAAAGGCGAAACCGCUGCAUAA